AUGCGAUCGACACUGCUUGAUCGGAUGCAAGAAUACGUUGACUUUUUCUCGGGACUUUCUUCAGAGAACACGGACCUUGAGGGCUCCGUAAGAGCGCGUGAUCAAGCAUAUCACGCUUACAUGCGGUUGCCAAAAAAGUCUAACGCAAAGGCAAUUAAAUCGACUUCAGCAGAACUUGCAGCCGUAAUUUUUAUCCUUCUGAUUAUAUGUUGCUCUCCGAUCUGUUUGCAGCUGCGUCGUACUUUCAACUGGACCGCUACACUGCAUUACGGACAUCUUAACCGUGCCUGUCGACUCCGCGAGAUUGUACCUUUGUUGACAAUGACCAACUUCCUUGACACGCAGAUUCAGCACGCAAGAAACCUCUCGGAGCUCUUCGGGAAUUCAGCCUCAACUUUUCUACAAGUCACUCAAGCAGAGUUACAACGGCAACUCGCUUCUGAGGAACAGUUGAUUGAGCUCUUCAACAAUCGGGUGGAAGCAAUAAAAGCCCAACCUCUGGCAACCUUUUGCCCAGAGCCCUGGAUAUUUACACUCGAUGAUUCGUCAAAUGAUAUCGUUUCGGAACCCGGUUCACACCCAAACCGGAAACUCCUCUCAAAAGCGGGCCAUUUGUUGCUUCGUAACCGUGUCAACCUGGUUUGGCGAUGGGUCGAAGUUUUCUGCUAUACACAAAGUGGAAAUCUGAUGUCCCAGCAGUUUGAUGAGAUCGGGGCCAGUCUGUUGGUUGACUUAAACCAGAAAGGCGUCUACAUCGAGGAAACUGUUCAAGAUGAUCGGCGCAAUGUUUUUCAGAUAGUAUCACCAACCGAACGUAGGACCAUUUACUUACAAGCGGAAAGUAAUCAGGAGCGGGAUGAGUGGAUAGCUACGUUGACGAACAUAAUCUAUGAUGUGAACAACCUAGGAACAUGGGAUGCUCCAUCGCGAUCAGAAUCAAAAGCUACAUCUCCCGAGACCCCAAGAAUGACAUCGGCUGUAAACCAAUCAGACUGGUCUGUGAAUGGCAUGCCCCCUGUCUCUUUUGACCUACCUGCGGUCAACCAGUUGAACUCGAUUCGUGACGCUGAACUCAUACAGAUUCACCGUGCAGCACCAGUAUCAGGAGCCGACUCGGCCACCGUUUCUGAUCCAUCCGAUGUUUCAAACCAACCGUCCGCAAGUAGUUCGAAACCAGAUGAGCUUGUUGUGGAUGCCGAAGAUAUUCCAGAACCAUUGGAAUUGGGGUUUCUUGGUUCCGUUCAGCUACCUCGAAACUUUCAAUCUUCAGAUUCACCCCAUUUCAAUGAUGUCCUCAGCUACAUCCUCUCCUGUCGGUCGGCAUCAGGUCUCCCCCACCCUUCUGCGUGCCGCCUGCUUAUCACUAGACGAGAUAUUUGGCUACUGACUUGCGCGGAAGAUCCUAAGUGCCCUGUGGGUGACCGGAAACGAACAAAUGUGCUGGCUAGAAUUCCAUUCACCAAUUUUCGCGCGUGGCUCAUUUGUACGGGUAAUGCGAGGUUGGCUUGUCUUCUGUUCGACGGUCCUCUUUCAGAAACACCCACUUUUGCGAGUUCAAGCGGUCAAGUAUGUCUUGCUUUCGAAUCGGAUUAUAGUCAACUGGUCGCAGAACGUUUGCUGGCUGCACAUCUAGAGCGAAUCGAUUCCAUUGCAGAUAGUGAAGACAGUGCUGAAAAGGAAUUACUCCUACAGGCUAUAUCACGACUGUCCGAAGCAGCGCCAUUGGCGAAACCUGAGGUCCCCGUGGCAAAUCGACCACCGUCUGCUGGAUCAUUACCAAGCUUGCACGAGUGAAAUGCGCCAUGACUUUCAUGCUCUUUAAUUUGUUUCACCAACAUAUCGUAUCUCAUUUCUCAAGCCCCAACGAUGGUGUCGAACGGCUCGUGUAAAUUGUAUUGUAACUUGUCCGUAGUUUCAACCCCUUUUUCAUACUAAUGAUUUCAUUUUGCUGCAGUUUUUCUUCCAUAACCAAAAGUUUCUCACAUUGAAGUUGAGGACUUUUUUCGCUUUUCGUCAGUCUGGACUGACAAUCAAAUUGCAGAAAUUACCAUCGCACUCAACGUAGUAUGAAGAUAGUUGCAUUCGGGACCCAAAGACUUUGGAAUACUUGAUCUACUGUCUUACAUUUUAGUCCGCUUUCAUCGGUUUACAUCUGUCAGGAACGUUUGAUUCUCGUUCCUGUUGGUCUCACGGUGCGGUCUAUGUGGGUUUUCGUUGUUUGGCAUGAUAGUCCUCUCUGUUCUGCCAACUGGCUUUUUGACAGAUCUGUUUCAUUGAGCCACGAGUAGUGUUGAUCUCCGAGCUUUGUGAGAGACCUCCAAUAGCGCUAGAGCUUUCAGCUCUUGCGAUUACUUUCGUUAAGAUUGGACAUAAGUACUUCCUGGAAGGAAUACCAGAAGGACCGAAAAAUUGUCCUUCAAAUCAGCCAGUCCAUUAUAACACCGGAUUUAGUUCACUGAAGUCAAAUAUGGUCGCUAAAAGGAGCGCUCUUUUUUACGCCGAAUUCCCCGAAGUCAUUGUAUGUAGCCUUGGGCCGGCUGCUGUGAUUAUUUUGUUCGUUUGAAAUCUGGA